AAACGGAGAAUAUGCUGCUUUGGAAGAUUCUUUUCGUCUGUUCAUAUUCAUGGCUUUCAUUGCUCUCCAUAUGACCGACGCUCUCUACAUCUGAUUCUUAAUUUUCUCAAAAAGAUCAAAUUUCAUACACACAAUCUUCGAUUUAACUGCGACAUUUGUAGAGCAACUCCAUGGACAGUGUGUCUUGUCUUGCUCGACUUGUUCCACUUGAAGCAGUACUGUUUGACAUUGAUGGAACUCUAUGCGACUCUGAUCCAAUCCACCUUCUUGCCUUUCGUGAAAUGCUUCAGGAGAUAGGCUACAAUGGUGGUGUUCCAAUUGAUGAGGAUUUUUUUGUCAAUAACAUUGCUGGCAAACAUAAUGAGGACAUUGCUUCUUUCCUUUUCCCUGAUGAUCAUUCAAGGGGAGUGAAAUUUUGUGAGGACAAAGAAGCUCUAUUCAGAAGAUUGGCGAAGGAAAAUCUGAAGCCUAUUGAUGGCAUAUACAAGUUGAAGAAGUGGAUUGAAGAUCAUGGUUUGAAACGUGCGGCAGUUACUAAUGCACCAAGGCCAAAUGCUGAAUUGAUGAUUCAAAUUCUAGGCCUUGCAGACUUCUUUGAGGCUGUUAUUGUCGGCAGUGAGUGUGAGCAUGCCAAACCAUUUCCUGACCCAUACUUGAAGGCCCUUGAAUUGCUUAAAGUUUCCAAGGAUCACACCAUCAUUUUUGAGGAUUCUGUUUCUGGAAUAAAAGCUGGUGUGGCUGCUGGGGUUCCAGUUAUUGGCUUGACCACCCAAAAUCCUGCCCACUUACUGAUGGAAGCAAAGCCUGCAUUUCUGAUCAAAGAUUAUGCAGAUCCUAAACUCUGGGCAGCUCUUGAAGGUAUCGAUAAAAAUGCUUGAGAAUGGCAGUCAGACUUCUGCUGCAAAAUCUGCAUUACCAUUGGCCGUUGCAAUAAUAUUGAAGCUGGUUCAGCAAAAUCUCAUAAAGAGACGUUAGUUAGUGAGUAGUAUCCCAGCGGGGUUUGGGCAAUAUAUGUUUUUUUGGCAUUCGAGAUUUAAACUCUCAUGGCCCGUUCCGAUGAAGGUUUUUAGAGGGUUAGGAAAGCUGUGGAUAGCUUUGUCUAUAUCUUCGUAAAUACAAUUAUUCUGAAGGUAUUUGGAAUAUGAAAUACAUUAUGUUCAGCUAUUGAUUUUUCCAAGGAGAAGGUCAAAUAUGGCGUUUUACUAUUUCCAAUCCUUCACUUAAACCCCUAUAUUAAAAAAGUAUCAUAUAAGUACGUCUACUUUAAAAGAUUAAUCAAUCUG